AUGGCCUUGUUUGGCACACCGUAUAGAGCAUCGGAUAGGACUAAUUAUACGAAGCCGUCCGGCUCACUUCCCUCUCUCUCGCACUUCGUUUCCACGACAUCUCCUCUCGCCGUCGUCCCUCUCGCCAACGUCGUUCUCCCCGUCGUCAUUCUUACCGGCACUGUCAACGCCUACGGCCUCCAUGUCUUCCUUUGCUAUAAGAUCCCCGAGGUCUGGCCGUCGCGCGUCGAAGGCUCUGGGCUUCUUUUACAACUGGAUCUUGCAAACAGUCGGGGAAGAAGAAGAAAGGAGAGAGAGGGAGGGAGUUUGGGGGGUGCGGCAGAGAGAUAUGGGCAAGAAACUGUAAAGCUUGCAAUCCGGGCUUUGCUUGAGGUUGUCGAGAGUGAAGGAAAACACAUAGAAGUUGCUGUGAUGACAAAGGAUCAUGGUCUGAAACAACUUGAAGAAGCUGAAAUUAAUGCCAUUGUUGGUGACAUAGAAGCAGAGAAAGCAUCUGUUAUGGCCGCUAAGAAUGGACCACCCAGGGAGACAUGA